AAUAAAUUCUGGUUUAAAACGACCUUUAUUUUAAAAUUAUUCACAUUUGAGUUAAAAUUAGAGUUUAAUUGGGGAGUACACUAUAAAUUCUCAAAUAUUUAUUACAUGCAUUAAUUUUCUAUAGUCCUCAUUAGGGUAGUAGGUAACUGGAGCCUAUCCUAGCUGGCUUUUUGUUUCUAACUUUCUAACACAAUAUGAAGCCCCUGAAAUUUGCAUCCAAAAUAGACAACUUCCCGUUUAAUUUCGGGCAUGGGUCCUUCAGACUUUUUCGUAUGUCCUCCUACAAGUGACAUGUCCACCCAAUUUUGGUCGAUUGGUGAAGCUCGUGUCGGGAGCUGAUUUUUCUAACAUUCUUUCAAACUACGAGCCGUGGAAUGAACUCUAAAUAGGCUGAUUCAAACCAAAAUGGUUGACGUACUUUUGAAUUUCGGGGUUGGGUCCUUUGGACGUUUUUCAUGUUUCUUGUUACAACAAGCAUGUCCACCCGAGUUCGCGUCUAUCGGUGAACCUGGUGUCAGGGGGCUGAUUGUUAUUUAUUUAAUUUUAAUAAAUAAAAAGGAUUUUUUUAUGGAAUGGCCCAGGAAUUUGCCCAAAUUACAGCUUCAAAAUAAAAUGGCCGACUUUCUGUUCAAUGUUGGUCAUUGAGACGUUUUGUGCGUCCUGUUAUGAUGGACAUGUUCACCCAAUUUUGUGUGGAUUGGUAAAACUGGUGUCUGUGGCUGAUUUUUUUCCUUUUCAAACUUUCCCUGGGGGGUGCUACUGAGUGCGUUUGGGUGUUUUACCAACCAGAUGCUAACAUAAAUAGGAUGUAGCUGAGAGUAUAAUGGCUAAUGACUGGAAUAGAAAUGAGUAGAGGAGCGUGACCACAAUGGAUGCGAUUUAAAUGUUUCAUGAAGGAGCCAGUUUGAUAAUAACAUUAUAUUUAAUACAUGGAAAGACAUAAAUAGUGUAUAUAUAUUUUUAUCAGCCACCUAUUUUUAUUGUGUAGCCACCCAAUGCAUGACCACUCUACAUCGCCAGUAUUCCAGGCUCAGCACUUUUUGCAUCAUUUCCUGUGUAUGCCAACUUGUGAGUAUACCUUAUGCUUUGAUUUCAGUGUUCACCGUAGUUGACCCAAGAGUCAACCUGGGAAUACACAUACUUUUAUUUCAACGUUAAUGAGUUGCCUGUUUCAAUAAGUUCGGCUCUUGAGGCAAUUUGUGGGUAUGCUUUGAUUUUAAAAUUGAAUUUUACUACGGUACGUUGUAGGGCACAAAGACAAGAUAAUGAUGAACUCUUCAAUGUUUAAAUAAGGUUUGCCGAUUAGUCAAAUUGUGAGGUGUACACAUUGUUAUGCUUUAAUUUGAGCAUAAAUAAAUUGACUUAUUUCACAAAGACAAAAUAAAGGGUGAGUUCUUCCAUGUUUCAGCAAGGUUGGCCCAUGAGUCAACUUGUGAGUACACAUUGUAUCUUCAGUGUAUCAAUAAGGUCGGCCCAUGAGUCAACUUUUGGGUACACAUUGUUAUAUUUUGAUUUAAAAAUUGACUUGUUUUAUUAUGUUGUAGGGCACAAAGAUGAAGUUCCGGUUGAGUUAAACAUUUUCAGAAGGAUGGCCAAUAAGUCAACUUGUGAGGAAUACACAGUUAUGCUUUGAUUCAAACGUGUUAUUGAAUUGGUUUCAUUAUGUUGUAGGACUCAAAGACGAGAUAAAGGGUGAGUUCUUCCAUGUUCAAUAUGGUUGGCCCUUGAGUCAACUUGUGAGAUGGAGACAUUGUUAUGCUUUGAUUUCAACAUUGAUGAAUUGACUUGCUUCAUUCACCAAGACAAGAUCAUGUGUGAGUUCUUGAAUGUUUCAAAAACAUUGGUCCAUGAGUAGUUAUUGUUAUAGUUUGAUUUUAAAAUGUUCUUCUUUGAUUAUGUUGUAAGGCGCAAAGACAAUACAAAAUUCUUCUUCUUCAAUGUUUUUAAUACGGUUUGCUCACAAGUCAACUUGUUUUCCCUUGAUUUCAACAUUAACGAGUCGUUUCAUUCCGUCGUAGGUUUUCAAAUGACAUAAGAUGACCCCCCUUGUGAGGCAGUUGUUCAUCCUCAGUGCACGCCUUCCUCUUGGUGGAUGUUCCUGGGACUGGAUGCUAGGAUCCACGCAGGCCAGGAUGGAUCCGGUGCUGGUGCUGACCCAGAUUAGCGAAUCAGGACCGGUCGCCGGUGUUCUGGGGAUGUGACCUUUAUCUCCGACGAGCCACUGAUCCUGAUCCUCAGUAGUACUCAGUACCUGGAGGAGAAGCAACAUCUGUGUGAGGAGGAAAGGAAAGCAGGCCAACUUUGUGGUGGAGGGCCCAGCAGAUGGUGACACUGCAGCAGCACUUCUCCAGGAUGGAGGAGACUGUGCAAACCCUACUCCAGAACCAGGACUCAUUGGAUGGCCCCAAGGUCGACCCACUGGACCUCAUGAAAGCAUACAAGGACAAACUCUUGGAGGAAAUGUGGAAGCAGCAGGACAGUCUGGAGGGUUCGGCAGUUUCAGAAACGGAAACUUCGGGGUAUCUGGAGGCCGGAGGUGGUCUGGAGGAAAACUCUAACAGCAAUUCCCUGCUAGAACGACUCAAAGCUCUGGAGGCUGAGAACUCUGCUCUGUCCUUGGAAAACGACAACCAGAGAAAGCAAUAUGAGCGCUGUCUGGAUGAGGUAGCCAACCAGGUGGUCCAGGCUCUCCUUACUCAAAAGGACUUGAAAGAAGAAUGUGUAAAGCUGCGCACCCGCGUCUUUGACUUGGAGCAGCAGAACCGCCUACUAAGCGUCUUGUUCCAACAACGAGUCCGUAUGUCCCAAAGUCCUGCACCCCAGGAAAUCCAAAGGAAUGGCAAAGUGGGUAUUGCUGCAGGAAGGUGGCCCAGUCUCCUGAGUCUAACGUGCCCACGUAGUAGUGGAAGUGGUAGUGAUCUGUCUUUAUCCAGUGCUGGUAGUGAAUACUCUAGCGGCUCGCACACAUGGGCUGAGGGACGAGGCCUCUCCAAACAGUGCGCCACAAGCCGGGACAAAAGGAUGAGUGUAGGCUCCGUAUCUGGUCAUCAGACAGACUUCGGCUGGAAGGAAGGCCACAUCCUGAAAGGACUCAAGCGUCUUCAGACCAGCGUCUCAAAAGAGAAACCCUCUCCCGGGUCCAUUCCUCACUGCAAGGACUGCAUGAUCUCCAAUGAGGGUAUCUACUCUCUGGGCAUCAAAAGUAACCUGAUAGGGAUGACAGCCAAGACAAAUAAAAAUGUUAACGGAGGGAUUGCCGUUGUGGACUCUGAUGAAAGUAGCAAUGACUCAAAUAUGUCGCAAAGUCAGGAAUCCAGCGAUAACGCGUCAAUAGAAGUUCAGACAGAUGACGGCCCAAAAGAAUCUUUAGAGAACACCUGUUCUGACAGCUUCAUAUUCCCAGCAGAACCACCAGUGAAUCUUGAAAAAGAAAGCCUAAAAGAACACAUACAAGUAGAAACCGAGAACUCUAGUGACAUGUUGAGCGACAGCAACAACAACCAGGAACGAUCCAGCGACCGUAAAUCCCGGCUGGACCGCAUGGACUUGGAAUCCCAAGCAAGGGAUGCAAACCCGGCUGUGAGACAUUCUGCCACCAGAGCUUUGAGCUGUGUGAGUGAAGCCAGGCAACGCAGCUCUUCGGCAGAGGUUUCUCACCACGGGGACGGCGGGAUUUCAAGGAACCUAAAGCCCAAACCGCAGCUUUGCGACUCGGCCAGGAAGGCAUUCAUACUACGCAGCAAGAGCGCCGACGCUGGACCGGAACAGCACAAACACAUCCACUCGCCUCUCCAUCAAAACCUCAUUCGGGGCCACAAAUCUGCCAGUCCAAACAAAAGGGCCAAUCACGGUAAACUACACGUUUCGGGUCAUGACGCAGAAACAGAUGAGGAUCCUGCAUCGACUUGCAAGUCUCUGGAGCGUGUACAACAGCGCUCGCCUCUUGCGUCGCCUGUCAAAAGUGCUUCAGUGACCAAACCUAUUGCAGUUGAUGAAGGCUCAAAGACUCCAGCAACACAGCCGCAAUCCGCCAGAAUUCUGUCCAACAAUGAGGAGUGCAAGAACGUACAACACCAGGAGCAGCUCUCAGACACGUUCUCUUCAGAACUCAUAUCUCCUUCAGCCCCACUUCUGCCUGGUCGAACGACUUCGCUCCUCCUCAGAACAGCGUCGGACUCCAGACGAAUGAGUCGUCCUCAGAGCGCCACCGUCGGAAAGACUACGUCCGGUCAACAAACCAACUUUUCACCGGAAAAUCAAGCAGGCAAAGUUGUCUUUAAUGGCCAUUCAUCCAGGAUGCCGGCUGUCCCCAGUCCAGAAACGCAGGGUUCAGAAUCACCUGUUGAGAGAACCGUUGCAUACCACAGCGGAAUGGUUGCACCCUCUUUGUUACCAAACCCAAAUGUCUUACAAAGAUCUCAGCAGAGCAUCAGCGAGCCAAAACUUUCCGAAGUCCUGUCACAGACAUAUUCCAAUGUCUAUUAUCACAACUGUCAGAGUUCCGGGUCCAAAGCUGUAAAAAUGUGUCUUCCUGCAAACGCCAGAUCUCACGAGGCAAUCUCGGGACCAGAAAGUGGUACAUUCCUCGUGUUCAGUCGGCAGAACAAAGAUGACGCAAACCCGUCCAUGAAAAACAUCCAAACCUACCAGACGUACAUUUGCGACCCCCACAUGAUGCGUGAAUGCGGCAUUGCCCGGCGGAAGAUUGAAACCCGUUGUAAUUCUCUUGAUUCCGAACCCUGCGGUGCUCCAGUCACAUCUGAUGGUGGUGCAAUGCUGGACUGGGGUUUCGACGAGGAAGGCUGGCUCUUCAAGCGUUCUGUCUCCGUGUCCACCAGACCUCCCCUGAAGCCAGUCAUGGGCAUGAACGGGGCCAAGGCUCGAAGCCAGAGCUUCGGAGCACGCUACAUGGACCGACCCAGCUUCAACCGGUCCGGGAAGGUGCGCACCCAGAUAAAAACGCACUCAGGGAGCUCCUUAAACUCCCUGGGUGACAUUCUGCCAGGAAGCAUGAGCUGCUCCAGUAGCUAUCACUGCCCCAUGAACCGAUCUCUCCUGAACAACUUCCUCAUUGAAGAAGGCCUGGCGGUUCCUCCGUGUCUAGGCUCAUCUAGCGAAAGACUACAGAGUCUUAAAGUCCAACGAGAACAAGCCAGACGCCUUCAGAUCGAGCAACAAUUUUCCAGCGCCUUUGGAGAACCUGUCUGUGAAGAACCAGAGAGGCAGAGUACCAUAACCACCAUCGAGGAGAAGGUGAUGCUCGGCAUUGAGGAGAACUUGCACAAGUCUCAGGAGCAGGAGAGGAGUAGUGAAGUCAAGCAGAAAUCCGGAUCCACCUUAGCCAACUGGUUUGGGUUCCGCAAGGGUAAGCUUCCCAUCCCCAGUGGCAAGAAGACAGACCCGGCAAAGACAAAAGAAGAGAAGAGGGAUCAAAAGAUUACGGCUCUGCUCGGAGGAAAGCAGACCAAGACGGACAAGAAGAGAGACAGGAGAAAAAAUGACGGAAAAGACUGCUCUGUGGGAAGAAGAGAGUCGCACGAUGCAGUGCGAGCAUGCAUCUCAAUGCCCUGCCCGGGGAUAUCAAUUCAAGGUCACAAUGACAUCACUGGAGACGCACAGAGAACUGACGGUGAAAACGGAGCCCUCAUAAAGACCACCCUCCAGGAUGCAGUUAUCGGGUCUGGCUGCAAGAUGCGAACGUUGGACAGUGGAAUCGGGACCAUCCCCCUCCCUGAAUCUUGCUCAUUCUUCUCCUCCAUCCUGCACCUCCUCCCCAAGUCCUCCUCAUCAACCCCUGAGCCCGAGUCGUCUCUCAGUUCUGUCCUGGACUCCUCCUGCGAGGAGGUGUCUCCGUUACCCCGAUGGAGGAUCCCUUCCGGUUUUAGGGACAACCGCGCCGGGGUGCCCAAUUCUCUGUCUGACGUGACCCACAUCCAGUCAGUGCCUUUCCCUACCGUGGCCUUCCUCCAGCCCGUCCGACCCCAACCUGAACCCAUUGUGACCUCUGCCCAUGUUUGUGAUUCCCACAACAGAACCCAGAGACCCCCGCAAGGUGGGAUUGAACCAAAGAAGCUGACCUAUAUCAAAACGAAGACGAGAACCCCUCAGAGCCAACAGAAAGAGCAGACCAGACUGCAGGUCGCCAACUAGCAUAUGACUCCAUUUGUCAUUGGGAACCCACACGAGAGCACCCAAAAGCUCCCAGACCCCAAAGUGGACUGCAUGCAAGACUUAAACGCUGACGGGUUCAGAUAUUCACGCCACCCGAUUGUGGUUUGACAAGCACACACACACACACACACACACACACACACACACACACACACACACACACACACACACACACACACACACACACACACACACACACACACACAAACAUAUUGUCUCAUUUAAACACAACACAACCAAGACUAGUUCCAAUGUCUGGAUGACUGCUGUAGUCAGUUGGGAAACAUUUUGAAUUCCCUCCAGCAUCCAAUAUAAAAAGUGCACAAAUUGCAUAGUGCACCAUCUGGGAACACAUUUGUCUUCAAAAACCUUCACCUGUUGUUUUCUCGAUGGUGAUAUUUUUGUUGUUUUUUUUGUCUUUUUUUUCCAGAACUGGCUCAUAGUUGAUCAACAUACGCAAAUGGCAAAUGCCACAUGUGUUGUUGUGUUUUGGGGGUUAAAACAAUGUGAAAAUGAAAGCUGCAAACACAGAAGAACGUGCCCUCGCAAACCCUUUGUCAUGGCAAAUCCUUGAAAAAAAUAUUUUGAUGCCAUGCUCCAACCACAUAAAUGGCUUUUGCUAAAAAAAAAAAAAAAAAAACUCUUAAAUUUUACAUUGCACAUCUGUCUAGUAUACCUGCUUCUGAUUGAGGCUCAUUUGAAUGAAUUCUCUAGUAGCAGUUUAGCCAAAAAGGCUGCUGCAACACAAAAUGGCUGGUUUCCUGUUCAGUUUUGUUACGAUAGACACCCAAUUUCAUGUUAACUGGUGAAACUGGUGUCUCGGGCUGAUUGUCUUUUUUCCUUCCAAAUUUUUAAUAAAGUACGAGACCUCAAUUUCACCUAAAAUAUUUGCGUCAUCCCAAAAUGGCAGACUUCUUAUUUUACUUCAUGCAUGAGUUCUUGUGACUUUUUUGUAUGUCAUGUUAUGAUAGACAUGUCUACCCAACUUUUGUGUUGAUUGCUAAAUCUGGUGUCAGGGGCUAUUUUUUUCCGAACUUUCUGAGAGCUGUUUUAAUCAGCUUUCCAGUACUUACAUUUUCACCAUGAUACACAGUUUUCGGGUAUGUAGAGUCUAAUGUUUUGCCAAAAAAAACAUAAUAAUAAAAGAAUGAAAAAUGAAAAAUGAAAAGUAGUUCGGUCCACUCGGUAAAUAAACCUUUUUUUUGCCUUUGUCUCAGUUCUACAUCGUCAUCCUAACAGGUCAAACUUUUUAAGAGGCACUUUAUCGCCUUUCAUUUCUUUAAAAAUAUGGAUGAAUUAUAUUUAUGCAAAGAGUUAAUAGCAGUUAUUAAAAAAGUACCAUGAAUUACAUUUAUUGAUGUAAAGUGAAAAUCUCAGCAUGUUGUUAAUCAAACAAAAUGCCUUUGGAGAUAUGGGCAUUUAAAAUUACAUUGCAGUCUCGGUCAUGGGUCCGUGAGAUUUUUUUAUGCGUCCUGUCUUCUUCAACAUGUCCAGCCAAUUUUUGUCGAUUGGUGAAACUAGUGUCCUGGGCUAAUUUUUCAACUUUCCAGGGGGCACUGCCAAGUGACCACCAGGAGGAGCUUGGUCCUGGCUCGAAUCAUCUUGAUAUAACUGAAAACGUAUAAAUCUUUGCAAGUGUGUGUAUCCUGGGGAAAAUGUAUGCAUUUUAAGGAUCCAAAACUGCUGAAUACUCAAUCGGCCAAUCCUUGAAAGUUUAGAAACAAAAAAAAUCAUCCCCAGACACCAGUUUCACCAGUCAACACAAAACUAGGUGGGCAUGUCUAUCAUGACAGGAAGCACCAAAAACACUCAAGGACUCAUGGCCCAAAUUGAACAGGAAGUCAGCCAUUAUGGUUUGUAGCCGCCAUUUUGGACGAAAUUCCAGGCCAUGUGCUUUCCUAGAAAGUUAAUUGGGGAAACAAAUCAACCCCUAGAUGGCAGUUUUACCAAUCCACACAAAAUUGGGUGGACAUGUCCAUUAUAACAGGGCACACCAAAAAGUCUGAAGGACCUAUGCCCGAAGUUGAAGAGCAAAUCAGCCAUUUUGGUUUAAAGCGGACAUAUUUGGGGGAAUUCCUGGGCUUUUACCUUAACAUCCUUUGACCAGGGAAAUCACCCAAAUUAGUCCAUAUUGGACGCAGGUAUCGUAGACAGAUGAUAAUUGUGAAACGUUUUUUACCAGCCCCUUCUCGUGUAGGCAUUUAAUGAUCAUUUAGAUGAUUCACCAUGAAAAUGGGGAAGUGAGGAACCAUUGGCUGCUGCUUGUAGCUUUAAUUAUGGUAUUUGUUGCUUUAUAUUUUCCACUGGUAUACCUUUUGUAAAUAUGGAUUAAAUCUGAAGGAGAUCUGAAGCAAACUUUAGAUGGGAGCCGACAAUCAUGUCACGAGCAUUAAACUAUGUGCACUCGAUUUAGCACAUUGAGCAACGUGGCUCUUUUUUAUUGUGCUACCGUGCUGCAUGGUCUGUGGUGUUGACAUAUAACUCAAUCACAUUCUGACCACUUUCAUUACCACAGGAGGAAGAAAAUACGACGUGAAAAGUGUUGCACUGUUGAGUGUCGAUCACAUAUCACAAAUACUGUAACGGUCACUUUACAACGCUCUUGUUAUGGGGGACAUGCAAAUCUGUCCAUUGUGCAUUUUUUGUUGUCAUUCCACAGCGAUGACGUCAGGACAACCCGGUGAGUUUGUGCAUGGAACCUUAUGGUACUCGCUCAGGGAAGACGUGAUAAUUGUCCCUGAUCGAAGCUGUGGGUUUGAAAAGAUGAGUUUUGACAGUUGUUUAUCUGUUCAAGCACACAUUAUGAUGUGUCUUGAGUUGAUCUCGAUAUUUACCUCAUGUUAGUUUGUGUGUGCAUUAAUCUGCAAGGAUAUCACGCUGCUUGUCUGCUUAGAUUCUCACUUUAUUACAUACAUAUUCUUGUCAUUUCUAGUGAUGUUUAGGUGUUACUAUUUACAUUCCUGCAAACCUGUGUUUCCCACUUUUACAUGCUUUGCGGUCACUUCCUGUUUUGCUGAAGCUAAAAAAAGUGCUUAACAAAUGUACUAGGCCACCUUUCUUUCUCAGAAAGCAUAUAGCGUCAUGGAGUGCUUUGAUGCAAAUGCUUUCAUUUCCAGCCACCUCUCGAUGUUAAGUAAAUAUUAGAAAUUUUAAUCAAGAAAUGAUCGUGUGCUUUGCUUUUUUGCAGUUUUUUCAUAAAACAAUACUUACGGUACUAAAAACACAUGAAUAACAAUAAUAAUUAAAUAUGGGCCCUCGUUACCACCGCCCGUGUUUGUUGCCUGCGUUUCGCCUGACAAGGUCUGCUUUCUACCAAAAAUGGCCGACUUCUUGUUCAAUUCCAGGCAUGGGUCCUUGAGACUUUUUUGUGUGUCCUAUUGUAAUAGACAUGUCCACCCAAUUUCGUGUCCAUCAGCACGUGUUUUUAAUUUAAGACUUUUCCAUGCAGUCUGUUAUCAUAGCGAUAUCCACCAAAUUGUCAUGUCGCUCGGUAAAACUGAUGUCCAUCGUUAAUUGUUUUUCUAACUUUCCAGUUAGAGUUUUGGGGCAUAAUUUUACGGACCCUUAAAAUGGAGUAAAUACUGAUAUUUGUCAUCACAUACAGUAGUUGUAGAAAUUGGGGACUUUUCGGCCAUGGGGUAACACAACAUGAAAACCAGAGUGCUGUCUAUGGGUGAUAAACAAGGUACUACAAGGAGCGCUACUGAGUAAGUUUUCAAGGAUUGUAUUCAGGACCCCUAAAAUACACUACAUACUCAAAUAUACACUUGCUUGCGAAACAAUGGUUAGUUUUUGGGAAUGUCGAAGCCCCCCAAGAAGGCAAUUCUUUCAUCUGAAAAUUACAUUAAACAUGAAAAAAGAUUUUGGUAAUUGAGGCUGCAACAUUUAAUCAAUUUGUUAAGCACUGUACAUUUACAGAAAAUGAAGGCACUAUCAUUUACAUAUCAAUCCUGUCACUAUUGAGCCAUAUGAAUAUUUUUUAAGAAUAUUUUAACCGUAGCAAUAGACCUCUUAUUUACCUCUUUAUUCAAACUAUGCUCACUUGUUAUGUGCAUGUUGAUGAAAAAAAUAGUAGUGGUGUUUAUACCCAUAGCAACACACAGGUCUUAUAAAUGUGUGAGACGGUUUUUCAUUGAUCAGGGAAGCGAUUGGCAACACUGACAUACGGGUAGAUAGACCUUGGCAUUGUUGUAAAAAAAAAAAAAAAAAAAGAUUCAUCAUAACGAGUAUUCAUAUUGUAUUUUUCUAACAUUUACCUUGUAUUUAUUACACACUGCACUGAUUGGUGGACCUUUCAGUUUAUUGCACAUUUAUUGUAAUUCUUCAAAUGUCGAUGUGUUUUUUAAUAAUCCCAUAAUCACAGUGGUGUUUUUUGUGACUGUUUUCUUUGCAGUAAUAACUGAUGAAAUUGUAUAUUGCUUUGUUUUUAUGUUGGAGGGGGAAAAAAUAAAGAAUAAACUAUUUCAGUACUUUUGA